AUGAGUUCAAAAGUACACUCAGUUGAUGUGGAAAAAGAUGCUUUCUCAAAUGCUAUUCCUGAGAUUGAAAUUCUGAAGAGAAGAAAGAAAGAAGAGAUAGAGAAACAACAAGUUCUUGAAAUACAGGAACUUGAAAAAGCAAGUAAAAUUCUUGGAAAGCAGUGUCUGAGUGAGAUGAAUGAAGAAGUUCUGUUAAUUCUUCAUGCUCAGGCUAGACAACUACAGGAAGUGAUCAAGUUCAAACUUGGAAUUUCAAACACAGUUCAAAAAACUUUGAAAAUUUCUAAUACAAUCACUGACUCUUCAGUUUGCUCUUCUUUCUUUUCUACUUCUUCUUCUUCUCCUUCUUUGAAUCAGAAGAAAACAUAUGCUCAAGCAGCUGAAUCUGCUGUCUCUAAACCUGCUGUCUCUAAACCUACUGUCUCAAAACCUGCUCAAAAUUCUGAGAAAACUGAGAAGAAUACUGCUCAUGCCUCUAUUCAUAGAAAAGUGGAAAAGAAAAUGCAAAAAGAGAAAAACUUCCAAAUCUCCAGAAAUAGAAGACUUAUUCUCAAAGUCUCAAAUCAGGACAUUCUGCAAAGAAACAAGCUAAACUCAAAUCUCAUUUUCAGAAUCAGAAAUGAAAUUAACCAGCAGUUCUUUUCUCAGUUAAUGACUGAUAUUGAAGUUCAAAAACCAGUUAUAGCUUCAAUUGAAUCAUCAUUCUUUGAAAACUCCAUCAUUCUGACUACAAUGCCUGAAUUCAGUGCUGAAUUCCUUAUUCAGAAUGAGAAUCUCUGGAAGUCAGCAGUAGAAUCUUUGUUAAACACAACAAUUCUAUCUGAAAGAGAUGAAAAGUGGGACAAAUUCAUUCUUCAUGAUAUUCCAGUUGAAAUUUUUGACUGUGAAGAAGGAAUGCUACUUCUCAAAAAUGAAUUGGAAGAAUACAACUCUAUUCAACUGAGAAAGGAGCCUGUAUAA